AUGACUCCCCCAACUCUACCAAAAGACUUCCUGUGGGGCUUUGCGACAGCAAGUUACCAGAUAGAGGGAGCUCCGCAUGAGGACGGCAGAGCAGACAGUAUCUGGGAUACGUUCUGCCGCAUCCCCGGCAAGAUCGCCGGCAACGAGAACGGAGACAUCGCUUGUGACUCUUACCACCAGUACAAGCAAGAUGUAAAGCUUCUGAAGGACAUGGGUGCUCGAGCAUAUCGUUUCAGUAUCUCGUGGUCUCGCGUCAUCCCUCUGGGAGGACGUAAAGACCCCAUCAACGAGAAAGGACUGCAGUAUUAUAUCGAUCUUGUGGACGAGUUGCUCGCCAAUGGCAUCGAGCCCAUGGUAACCUUGUUCCACUGGGACCUCCCUGAAGCGCUUGAUCAGAGAUAUGGAGGUCUGCUUAACACAGAAGAGUUCGUUGCCGACUUCGAACAGUAUUCCCGUACCAUCUUCGAGGCACUAGGAGAAAAAGUAAAGUAUUGGGUGACCUUCAACGAACCCUGGUGUAGCUCGAUCCUGGGUUACAACGAAGGUGCCUUUGCUCCAGGAAGGACCAGCGACCGCUCGAAAUCGUCAGUCGGCGAUAGCAGCACCGAACCAUGGCUAGUAGGCCACAAUCUACUGAUUGCCCACGGUGCAGCCGUCAAGGUCUAUCGAGAAGAAUUCAAGCCAAGUCAAAAAGGACAGAUCGGAAUCACCUUGAAUGGUGAUUGGGUUGAACCCUGGGAUCCUGAAGACCCCGAGGAUGUCGAAGCCUGUCAGAGAAAGCUCGAGUUCUCCAUCGCCUGGUUUGCUGAUCCUGUUUACCACGGCGACUAUCCCGAAAGCAUGCGCAAGCAACUUGGAGAUCGCCUGCCAAAGUUCACGCCCGAACAGCGCGCAUUGGUUCAGGGCAGUAACGACUUCUACGGCAUGAACCACUACUGCGCAAAUUACAUCAAGCACAAAUCAGGCGAGGCAGAACCGCAAGACUACCUUGGAAACUUGGAGUCUCUGCUCUCCAACAAAGACGGGCAAGAUAUUGGCCCUGAAACUCAAAGCCCGUGGCUGCGACCCUAUGCUAUCGGUUUCAGAAAGCUACUCAAAUGGAUAUCGGAUCGCUACGGGCGCCCCACCAUCUACGUUACCGAGAACGGCACGAGUCUGAAGGGUGAGAACGAUCUAUCGAAAGAGAAAAUACUCGAGGAUGACUUCCGUGUUUGGUACUUCAAAGAGUACGUCAAUGCCAUGGCAGAUGCAUACACCAGUGACGGCGUGGAUGUCAGAGGAUACAUGGCUUGGAGCUUGAUGGACAACUUCGAGUGGGCUGAAGGAUUCGAGACUCGCUUCGGAGUCACAUUCGUUGACUACAAGAACGGUCAGCAGAGGUUCCCAAAGAAGAGUGCAAAAGCCAUGAAAGGACUUUUUGAGUCGCUCAUGCUCAAGUCGUAG